UUCUACAUUGCACAUUGAGGUGGUUUGGUUUGGCAGUUAAAUAAUACUCACAGUUAAUUAACUCAUACUCUUUUGCUUGUUGAAUUUUUCUCAGAAUCAUUUGAUCCACCGAUUUUUCUCAAAAGAAUAUCUUCAGUCAUGGCUAGCCUUGGAAGUCCUACUCUUGACUGCUUCCGCAAUGGAUCAGUUGUUCAACUUAAGUCAAAGAUUUCUGGCAGAACCCUUACUCUAGAAGAGGGUGGGCACAUACAUGGUAAUGGAUCGGUAGGCUACUAUGCUGGAAGUCUUGGCCCUAGAACCCCAGUAUGGGGACGCUGGAGUGAUGGGACAUACCACCGUGGGACAAUAUCCAAUGUGGAUACCCAAGUCCACAUCAAGUUUAAUGACGGGGAUACAAUUUCUCAUGAUGCACAUGAUCAAGCUGCUGUUGUUGCUGAUGUCAACCCAGACCCUGAAGUUGUUCAAGUUGGUUCUCGGGUGAUUGCUCAGUUUCGCGGCAGAGCCAAGUACUAUCCUGGGCGUGUCACCAUGGUUGACCGGGCCAAUCCAAAAUGCCCUAGGUGUGACAUUCAGUUUGAUGAUGGAGACAAGGAUUCUGCUGAUGUCAAUCAAAUGCGCAUGCUUCCAGAUGUUUCUGCUUCAUCUUUAGAAGCUCCUGCAAUCGCUAUAAACAGCCGUGUUCUUGGCCGCUGGAGCAAUGAAAAGUAUUACCGAGGCAGAGUAACCAAUAUUGGGGGUAAAAUAGAUGUCCAGUUUGAUGAUGGUGACAAAAUUCAACAUGACCCAAGUGACAUCAGUGCUAUAAUUUAUGACGUCAAUCCAAGGCCARGAAGCAUUCAAGUCRGCACUAGAGUGGUAGGAUUUUGGCCAAACGGAAAUAAAUUUUACCUUGGAAAAGUUACGCAAGUGGACUACAUGAACCCUCAUUCCCCCAGGUACUUUGUACAGUUUGAUGACGGAGAUCAAAUCUGGUGUAAUCUGAAUGAGGUCAGACCUGUACCCCUGCGACGUGAAAGUGUUGGUUGUACUGUCUGGGGCCGCUGGACCAACAACCAGUACUACCAUGGGCGUGUCACCAGUACCAGUGGAGGAAAGGUCCAUGUAACUUUCGACGAUGGUGACAGCAUAUCACACAACAUGAAUGAYGCCAGUAGUGUGAUAGUCGACAUGGUACCUAACCCUGCUCAUGUGCCAGUUGGCUCUCAUGUAAUAGGCGCAUGGCCUGGACGUAGUAAGUUUUACAAAGGAAGGGUAACACAGAUUGACCCCACAAAUUACUAUGCCCCCCGCUAUUUUGUUACAUAUGAUGAUGGAGACCAAGCAUGGGUCACGUUUGAUCAAGUCAGGCUUCUACCGAUGCGAGUUAAUGAAGUUGGAGUAACAGUAUGGGGUCGUUGGACCAACRAAAAUUACUACAAGGGGAAGGUUGAAAGAGUAGACUCCAAAAUUCACAUCUUAUUUGAUGAUGGAGAUAGAAUCUCCCAUUCACCAAAUGACGUGACAGCUAUAGUGCUUGAUACCACCCCAAACCCAGGACUGGUUGCCAGAGGAAGUCGUGUAAUCGCUGCCUGGAAAGGAAAACCCAAGUUGUAUCUUGGUACAGUCAUGAGUGUGGACAACAAGAACCCUUAUGAAGUACAAUACCAUAUAUAUUAUGAUGAUGGAGACAAAGGAUUGGUUAAUGUUAAUCAACUCCGCCUUUUGCCAUGUUUGACAACUACUGCCAUUUUUACAUCCAUGAAACACCUGACCACUAUAUUUCCUUGGAGUUCUGUAUGUUGCCAGGACAACACAUUGGCGUAAACCAUGAUGGCACAGUGACGCCUCCUGCGAGUACACCCAAGAAUGACCAGGCAUUCUUUGAGGUCAAACUAUUGUUCAGUCCAUAUGGUCAGAUCUACUCUGCUGAGCAUGGUCAUGGAGGUGGAUACCCAGCACCUACUCCAGGCUACCCACAGCCAGGACCCUAUCCCACUCCACCAUCGGGUGGAGGGUAUCCUGCUGGAGGAUACCCAGGAGGUUACCCAACUGCACCACCCCCUCAGGGAGGCUACCCAGGUGGAUACCCAACAGGUUCACACCCACCUCCAGCUGGAGGGUACCCCGGAGGAUAUCCAAUUGCACCACCUCAGCCGUACCCUGGGACAGGCUACCCAACUGGUCCAGCUCCUCCAUAUGCACCAGGGACUCAAGGGCUUCCCACAUAUCCUCAUUAGUGAUAUGACCACCAAGCUGGUUCAACAAAUCGUACUACAGAAAAUAGUUUGUAGAAUGCAAGUAGUAGAUUCAGAAAUAGUACACUGUAUCUACAUUACUGCACAAUGAUGCAUUGAGCUCUUGUCUUUGUUGUGUUAACAUUAAUUCUAGUAUAUCAUAGAAUAUCAGAAAAAUAACCUCAGUUUAUGGUUUCUGUUAAGGCACAUGCACUAGCUAGUAUAGCCUCCUUGACAGAUUUUCUUAGCGUCAUUACUCAACUCUCGUCUGUGAAGGAGGAUAGUGUUGUGCAGACAUGUUUCAAACUCUUAGGCCGUGUUUACAUGGUACCAUAAGAUUUUUAUGUGCUGCUUGUUUAUGUGUGGGAUAGAAUCGCCAAAUCUAAUAGAAAAUUCAACAAAAUUUGCUCCUAGUGAAACAGUUUAAUCUAAAAUGGCUUGGUUUUCAGAUA